AUGGUGGACAGGAUGGACACCAAGCGCGAUGGCCAGGAGUAUGAAACGGGCCGCAUCCGGGAGCUGCAGGAGCAGCGCAUGGCCGUGCAGAAGAAGACCUACACCAAGUGGAUGAACAGCGUCUUCACCAAGAACGGGGAGAAGGUGGGCUUGACGGACAUCUACACAGAUUUGAAGACAGGGUUGCACCUGGUGCGACUGCUGGAGCUCAUGACCGGAUCUCAGCUGCCCACGCCGAGCCGCCGCAAACUCAGGGUCCACUGCCUGGAGAACAACAGCAUUGCCAUCAACUUCCUCAAGACAAAGAUUCGAGUCGACCUCAUCGGACCAGAGAACGUUGUGGACGGAGACAGAACCCUCAUUUUGGGCCUGAUAUGGAUCAUCAUCCUGCGGUUCCAGAUUGGAGCCAUUAACUUAGACGAGGUGGAUGGCCAAGCCAGUCAGGCCCGCCGCUCGGCCAAAGAGGCCCUGCUCAUCUGGUGCCAGCGCAAGACGGCCGGCUACGGCAAUGUCAACGUCCAGGAUUUCUCCGGCAGCUGGCGAGAUGGCUUGGCCUUCAACGCCCUCAUCCAUGCCCAUCGGCCGGACUUGUUCGACUACCACCGCCUGCGCCAGGACGACCCGAGGCGCAACCUGACCCACGCCUUCUCGCUGGCGGAGAGCGAGUUUGGCAUCAAUGCACUGCUGGAGGCGGAGGACAUCAUGGUGCCGCACCCGGACGAGCGCUCCAUCAUGACCUACGUCUCCCUCUACUACCACUACUUCUCCAAGAUGAAGCAGGGCCAGACUGUGCAGAAGCGCAUUGCCAAGAUUGUGGGCCUCUUGAAAGAACUGGACGACCUAAAACAGGACUACGCUCAUAUGGUGACGGACCUGCUGGAAUGGAUACAGAAGAAAGUGGUGCAACUGAACGACCGCCGGUUCCCCAACUCCCUCGCCGAGAUGCAGGUCUUGGUAGCCGAUUUCAAGACCUACCGGACAGUAGAGAAACCGCCAAAGUACCAGGAGCGCGGAGCCCUAGAGGCCCACUUAUUUGAUCUGCGCACCAAGCUCCGUGCCAACAACCAGCGGGCCUUCGUUCCUCUGGAGGGCCAAACGCUUCGGGAUGUGGAGCGCGAGUGGCUCGUGCUGGAACGCGCCGAGCACGAGCGCGAAGGUGCUCUUCAGGCAGCUCUGCUGAGGCUCGAGCAUUUGGAACAGCUGGCUCAAAAGUUCGAGCGCAAAGCGGCGCUGCGGGAGGGCUACGUCGAAGAGGCACUACAACUGCUUCAGAGACAGAACCCAGAGGCCCAGGGAAAUAUGGAGGACGCGCAAGCAGUCGCGCGUAGACUCGAGGCGCUGGCCACUGAUGCUCUCGCGCGGGAGCCUCGCUUCAGGGCCCUUAGCGAGAUGGCAGCAAUCAUUCAAAGGGAAAACUACCACAGUAAGGACCAGGUUGCUCGAAGGGAGCAGAAAAUUUCCCAGGAUUGGCAGCAGUUCCUAGACGGCCUGAAAGGGAAACGGGCGCUAAUGGGUGACAUCAUGAACACCAUGUCAAUGCUAAGGGACAUCCAGAUGGCUUCACAGGACGUUACGGAACUACAGAUGCAGGCCUCCUCGGAAGAGUUUGGCAAGCAGCUGGAGCAGGUGGUGGAGCUGCUCCAGAAACAGGACCUUCUGGAGGCCCAGGUGUCGGCCCAGGGCGACACGGUGGGCGCCCUCAGCACGCGCGCCCUCAAGGGGGCCAAGCACCGCGACCCGCGCCAGGUGCAGGCCAGCGUCCAGCGCCUCCAGGGCCAGUACAGCGCACUGCAGUCCCUCAGCAAGAAGAGGAGGAAGGGUCUAGAGGAGCGGCGGGAGCUGUUUGAGUUCUAUGUGGACUGUGAGGAGCUGCAGGCCUGGAUCUAUGAGAAGUGGCUCCUCCUACAGACCGCCAGCCUGGGACGAGACCUCAGCCAGAUACUACAGGCCCAGCAGAAACACAAGGUGCUGGAGGCGGAGGUGCUAUCCCAUGAGGCCAUGCAUGCGGCCGUGGUGUCUCGUGGGAAGGGGCUGUGCACCAGGAAGUCCUCCAGCGAGAGUGCCAUCAGGAAGUGGCUCAGGACGCUGGAGCGCCAAUGGGAGCAGCUCAAGCAAGAAGUGACCAAUCACAGAGAGCGUCUGCAUGCGGCCAGUGUCAUCAAGCAGUACUUUGCGGACGCGGCGGAGGCGGACUCCUGGCUGGGUGACCGGCGGCCGCUGCUGGCCAGCGAGGACUACGGGCGCGACGAGUGGAGCAGCGCGGCCCUGCUGCAGCGCCACCAGCGGCUGGAGAAGGAGGUGGGCGCCUACGCCUCCGAGAUCAAGCGCCUCGCCGAGGUGGCCAAGAACGCCGCGCAGCUCUCCGCCCUCACCGUGGAGCCUCAGAAGCGUGAGAUGGCUCAGCACAGCGACUCGUCAGGUGAGGAAGAUGAGGGAGGUGUAGAGGAGCGAAGAGGGGUGACCUCCGUGAAGGAGAGCACCACAACAAAGGCUUCUGCUGCAGCUACUGCUGCCACUGGCAAGAUCAGAUACAAAUACAGAGGGCCCAAAGUUCAUUGGGAGCGGGGGGAAGUGGUCACUCUUGUGAGCCGGGAGACUGAAGGCUGGCUCGUCAGGGACAGCAAAGGAAACCAGCAGCCCGUUCCUGCUUUGUACAUCAUAGAGCUGGAGCGCACGGCACAACCCCCGCAGCCCGCCGCACCCCCGCCCACCAACGGGAUGUCCCCGCGGCAGGUGAGCCGCCCCCGCCGCAGGCGCUCCAUGAGACGGGGCACGGCCGAGGUCAAGUGGGUCCCUGACCCCCACUACCAGAGGGACACGGUGGAGAGGACCCAGAGGGAGCUGGAGGACGACUACAAGAGCCUCGCUCAGCUGUGCCAGUCGAGGAAGCAAACGCUGGAUGAAACGGCCCAGUUGCAUCACUUCUACAACACGUGCGAGGAGUUUGAGUCCUGGAUGGAUGACAAGGAGCAUAUCCUCAACACCUUCACUGCUGACCUGGAUGACAUUGGCACUGUGCAAGCCAAAUAUGAGAACUUCCUGACAGAGCUGGCCAGUGGGAAGGGACAGCUGGAUGACAUCACCAGGCUGGGGGAGGGGCUUGUGAACAGCCUCCACAGCAAAACGCGAGAGAUUCGGACCAAACAAGGACAAGUGACCCGCAGAUGGGAGCGUCUGCAGAAGCUGAAGGAGGAGAAGGCCCACGAGCUGCUGAGCUCGGCCGACGUGGUCUCCUUCCUGCAGAGCUGCGAGGAGGCGCGGGGCCAGCUGCAGGAGAACCUGGCCCAGAUGGAGAGCCAGGAGGUGGGCAGCUCGCCCGCCGCGCUGGAGGCAGAGGAGCGCCGCCAGCUCCAGAGCCUCCGCGAGAUCGUCGCCCUGGAGAGGAAGAUCGAGUACCUCAAGAGCGUGGCCAAGAUGAAGCAGGACUGCAGCCCGGCGGAGAGCGCGGCCAUCCUGGAGGAGGUGCGGGGGCUGGAGGCCCUGCUGCGGGAGGUGCGGGCCCGGGCCGAGGAGCGCCAGCGCCGGCUGGAGGAGGCGCGCCGCAUGCACCGCUUCCAGAGGGAGACGCGCGAGCUGCUGCUGUGGGCCGAGGCCGUGCGCGAGCAGAUGGGCCAGGACGAGGAGCAAGGCUCGGACGUGGCCUCCGCCCAGGCCCUGCUGGACGCACACCUGGAACUGCAGCAGGACAUACACAGACAGAGGGAGAGGCUGAAAGAGAUGGAGAAGUUAGGCGGCACCUUGGAGGCGGGUAGUGAGGACGUGUAUAAGACGCUGGCCCAGCUGGAGGAGGAGUGGGCCGGGCUGGACCGCCUCUGGUCGGGCCGCAACCGCAGGCUGGAGCAGGGCCUGGAGCUCCAGAAGCUGAACCUGGAGGCGGACCGCAUCGAGGCCACGCUGUCCGCUCACGAAGCCCGCCUCAGGGUCACCGAUCUGGGGGACUCUGUGGACAGUGUCCACAGCUUACUGGGCAGACAGGAUGAACUGGAGGCUUUGCUUAAUGCUCUGGAGCUUCAGAUUAACACCUUUCAGGAGAAAAGCCGGGAGCUUGUGAAAAACCGUCAUUUUGCUGCACAACAGGUCCAGGCCAGGUCAGAGAACAUCCAGAAGAGGUAUGGCAAAGUACGAGAAAGCUGUAAGGAGAGGAGAGCCCAGCUUUUUAACUCCAAAACACACCAGGAGUUCCUGAGGGACGUGGAGGAGAUGAUGCUUUGGCUGGAUGAGAAGUUUGAGAUUGCGGAGGACGAGUCGUACCGAGACCCCACCAACGUGCUCCGUAAGCUGAAGAAGCACGAGGCGGCCGAGAAGGAGAUGCAGGCCAACCAAGUCCGCCUGGACCGGCUGCUUCAGUUAGGGGAGGUGGUGCAGAAGGAGUUCCCCAGCAGGAGGCAGGAGGUGCAGAAGACGUGUCGGCAAGUGCACCGGCGCUGGGACGAGCUCCAGAAGAAGAUGGCGGACAGGGGUGACAAGCUCAGGCAGGCCGGCCAGCAGGAGCAGCUCAUGGAACUGCUACAGGAUGCCAAAUUGAAGAUCGAGGCCAUUCAGCGCAUGCUGCAGUUUGCGGUGAAGGGGGAGGACCUGCGCUCCAGUCGGCAGCUCCUGAAGGAGCACCAGCAGCUGGAGCAGGAGGCGCAGGAGUUGGCCGACAAGAUCAACUCCAUCGUCUCCCGUGCCAAACACCUGGCCACCAACCACUUUGACUCACAGACCCUCCUGCAGCAGACCGACACCUACCUCAAACUCUUCAAGUCUCUGCAGAAGCCUCUAGAUGAGCGGCGAAGUCAGCUGGAGGCGGCCGUGGAGCUGUUUGGCUUCUACCAUGACGUGGACCUGGAGCUGAACUGGAUCGCAGAGCACCAGCCCCUGGCCCAGACCAGCAGCUUCAGCAAGUCCCUGGUCGGCGCAAUCAGCCUGGUCAAGAAGCACAAGGAGCUGCAGGCGGAGGUGAGUGCCCACAAGCAGCAGGUGCAGCGUCUGCUGGAGCGCGGGCGCACGCUGCACCGGAGCCGCAAGGCGGGGGGCAGGGCCGGCUCGGAGCUGCAGCAGUGCACAGACAACCUGGCCGAGGAGUGGGAGGAGCUGGAGGAGGCCUGCGGACGUCGCGCCGUGCACCUCAGCAAGGAGCUCACACGAGAACAGAUCUUGCUGGACUGUGCGGAGCUGGAGGCGCGCGUGUCUGAGUGCGUGGCCCUGGUCAGCACCGACUACGGCAAGUCUGAGCCUGCCACUCAAAGCCUCAUCAAGCAGCAUCAGGCAGUAGAGGGCCAGAUCCAGGUGCUGGCAGCGGAGGUGGAAGAUCUGAAGAGCACGGUGGACCAUGCGGUGCAGACCAUGAGCCUGGACGAACUAGAGCGCCCCUACAGCCGCAUCAGAACCCAGAGUGCUGAACUAGAGCACCUGGCUGUUCUCAGGGCCCAGAGGCUGCAGGAGACCCUCCGGCUGCACGAGUUUAAGCGUGAGUCAGCAGACCUGGAGGACUGGAUCGGCCAGCAGAGGCAGAUCGCCUCCUCCGAGGACUACGGCUCCGACUACAACAACGUCCUGCAACUGCGUGGGAAGUUUGAGCUGUUUGUGCAGCAGCUGGAGGUGGGAAUGAAGAGACUAGAGGGUCUUCGGGAGCAGGCAGACUUGCUAAUCAAGAACAGCCACCCGGACUCACGCUUCAUAUGCAACACAUACAAUGAGCUCAGGGAAUCAUGGGAUAAUCUGCAGACUCUGGCGGAGCAGAGGCAGGAGAAACUGCUGCAGUCAGAGAAAUGCCACCGCUGCUACAAGGACCUGAUGGAUGCCCUCGCGCAGAUAGAGGAGCGCUUUAAGAGCGUACCUGAGGACAUCGCAAAGGACCUGCAGGGGGUCCUCUCUCAGCUCCGCAAACAUGAAGCGCUGGUUAAUGAGCUCACCGGCAACGAGCAGCAGCUGCAGGAGCUGCUGGACACGGUGGACAGUGUGUUGGGAGCGUGCUCAGUUGAGCUGAAGGCCCGGCUGCAGGAGCAGCAGCAGGAAGUGGUGGAGCGCUGGGAGAAGCUCCGCCUCCUGGUGGAGAAAAGGGAGGAGCAACUCAGUCACGCCCGCCAAAGAUACCAGUUCCUCAAUGCUGCCCAGGACUACACGUUAUGGAGUGCCCAGGUUCUGGGGGGCAUGCGUGCGGAGGAGUCCAUCCGGGACGUGGCCACGUGCGGCCUGCAGCUGGCCCAGCACCAGCAGCUCUGGGCCGAGAUCGUGGCCCGCGAGCAGAGCUACCAGCGCGCCUUCAACCUGGGACAGGAGCUGCUCAAGCUGGACCCCUCCCACGCCAAAGAGGUGAGUGAAAGGGUGUCGUGUCUGUGUGAGGAUCGUGAGGAGCUGCAUGGCCACUGGAAGGAGAAGCAGGAGAGGCUGGAGCUCACCCAGCAGGAGCAGAUCUUCUACAGGGACUCAGAGCACAUGGAGUCCAUCUCCAACUCGCAGGAGAUUUUGCUGAAGAACAGUGAUCUGGGCAAUACGGUGGAUGAGGCAGAGAGGCUCAUCAAGCGCCAUGAGGCCUUCCAGAAACUUCUCAACAACCAGGAGGAAAAGAUGGUGUCUCUGCAGGACUUGUCAGAGCGCCUGCAGGCCACGAGCCUGAAGCGUGAGAAGCUGAAGCGGAUCAGCAACAGGCUGCAGGCCCUGCAGGAGAGGAGGGGCCGCAUCCAGGAGCUGGCCCUCAAGCGCGGAGACGACCUCAACAUGGCACGCCUGCUCUGCAUCUUCAGCCGCGACGCCGCAGAGGCGGAGGAUUGGGUAUCGGAGCGCAUGCAGAAGAUGCAGGAGGACACCAAGCUGGACAUGAGCACCCUGCAGACCAAGAUGAAGAUGCUGCAGAAGCACCAGGUGUUUGAGGCCGAGAUCCUCGCGCACAGUAAGAUCAUCGAGGCCGUCAAACAGGAUGGAAACAAGCUGAUCGCCCUGCAUCACCCCAAGUCCAAGGAGAUCCGGGCCAGCAUCACUGCCCUAACCAACCACUGGGGGGCGCUGAAGCAGGCGGUGGCGGCCAGGGGCAAGGUGCUGGAGGACAAGAGGGACUUCCUGGAGUUCCUGCAGAAGGUGGAGCAGGUGGAGAUGUGGAUCAGGCAGAAGGAGGUGAUGAUAACGGUGGGAGAUGUGGGCAAGGACUAUGAGCAUGGAGUUCAGCUGCUGAAGAAACUUAAUGAGUUCAGAGGAACAGGGACUGGGGAGGUGACGAUGGAUGACAGUCACAUUAAGGAGAUCAGUAGCCUGGCCACCCGCCUGGAGAGGCAGAACUGUGACGAGGUGGACACCGUGAAGAAGAGGAAGCAGCAGCUCAACGACCGGUGGAAUAAUUUCCAUGGUGACCUGAGCAACUACAAGAAGAGACUGGAGGCCGCCCUGGAAGUGCACAAACUCAUGAGGGAAUUGGAGGAAGUGCGCGAAAGAGCCAAUGAGAAAAUUCUGCUGGUGCAGGAUGGGGACUGUGGCCUGGAUGUGGAGAGCGUGGAGGCUCUGAUCCGACGACACGAGGAGACCGAGCGGGAGGUGGGGGUGAUCCGCGAGAGAGGAGCGGAGUUGAAGCAAGAGACCAAGGGGCACCUGAAGAGCGAGUCAGACCUGACUGAUAAACUGAAGCAGAAGCAGAAGGAGGUGUCCACCACACUGCAGAACCUGGACAAGGAGGUCAAACACAGAAAGGAGCGUCUACAUGAUGCCCAUGAGCUGCAGCUCUUCAAGGCCAACUAUCGCCUCCUGCUGGACGUGACGCUGAAGAACACCUCCGAGAUGGACCAGAAGGGGCUGCCCAAGACCAAGGCGGAGGCCGAGAGCAUGAUCUCUGAGCACAACGACUGGAAGACGGAGAUCGAUGCCCGAGCUGAUCGUAUUGACUCGGUGCGGAGCUUUGGGCAGCGGCUGGUGAAGGCUGGCCACGGAUCAUCUGAGGAGAUCAAUGAAGCCCUGGACACCCUGGAGAAGGCCAAGAGAGGCCUCACCAACGUCUGGACCGACCGCAGAUGCCUUCUGGAGCAAGCCCUUCAGUUACAGGUCUUCCUGGGCUACGUGGAGCAGAGUGAGAGCUGGCUCAGCAAUAAGGAGGCCUUCCUAGCCAAUGAGGACCUAGGGGGCUCUCAGCUGGAGGUGGAGGAGUUGCAGCGUCAGCACGCCCUGCUGGAGCAGACCCUGGAGGCGGAGCAGGAGCAGGUGGAGGCCGUGCAGCGUCUCUCCAAGCAGCUGCAGCAGCAGCAGCACUACGACGCUGCCACCAUCCGCACCAAGAGCGCCGCCCUGCAGCUCAGGAAGGAGAAGCUGCUGGAGAGCAGUAAAGCACGGCACCAAGCACUGGAGGAGUCUCUGCUGCUCCACAGGUUCCUGGGGGGCACCUAUGAGCUGUGUACUUGGCUCAACGAGAAGAACGCCAUUGCACUGGAUGAGAACUGGAGGGACCUCAUCAACCUGCAGGCCAAGCUGCUGAAACACCAGAGCUCUGAGGCUGAGAUCCUGGCCAACCAGCGGCAGGUGGAGACCCUGACCCAGGAUGGGCAGAAAAUGCUUUCAGCAGGCCACCCAGCUGAGGAGAAGAUCAAGCCCAGACUGAGGGACCUGGAGGAGAGCUGGAAACAGCUGCUGGACAACUGCAAAGUCAAGAAGACACGAUUACAGCAGGCCUACCAGGCUCUGCAAUUCCAGCGCUCGGUGGACGACUUGGACGAGUGGCUGGGCACCGUGGAGAAGGAGGUGUCGAGUAAGGACUGCGGUGUGGACCUGUCGUCGGUGGGCCGGCUGAUGAAGGCCCUGCAGGACCUGGAGGAGGUGGUGGAUGGCCACCGCGAGCGCUUCAAGACCCUGGUCAACACCGCCAAGAACCUCUGCAACCAGGGCAACUUCAUGGCCAAGGAGAUCCAGAAGAGGGUGGCGAAAACGAUCAACAGGUACAACAACCUGGCUGAUCCAUUGCUACUGCGAAAAGAGACCCUGGAGUCAUGGCAGCUGCUGUUCCAGUUCAACCGUAACAUCGAGGAGGAGCUGGCCUGGAUAGAGGAGAAGCUGCCAAUAGUCCUGCUCAAAGACCUGGGCACGUCAGUGCAGAGCACACAGUCCCUGAUGCAGAAGCACCAGGCGGUAAUGCAGGAAGUCACCAGUCGCACCCCAUUGGUGAAAACCACGAAGGAGGCGGGGCAGAACCUGGUGCGUGGGCAGCACUUUGCCUCCCAGGAGAUCAGCGAGAAGCUGAACGAUCUGAGGACCGGCUUCAAGACCCUGACGAGAGAGUCGGAGAGCAAGGACCAACUGCUUCAGGAGGCCCUUAAAAUCCAGACAUUCCUCUCUCAGGUGUCGGAGCUGGAGCAGUAUCUGAGUGAGCAGAGACCUGGUCUGGAGUCGAGGGACUUUGGGAAGAGCGAGGAGGCCACGGAGGCCCUGCUGAAGAGGCUGGAGGCAGUGGACCUGGAGCUGGAGAACAACCAGACCAAGCUCACCUCACUGCAGAAGACGGCAGAGCCCAUGGAGCACAGUGGCCAUCCUCAGUGCCACUUGGUGAGGAAGAGUAUGGAGGAGGCAGUGGACCACUUUCAGGCUCUGCAGCAGCUGCUUGUGGAGCGCCGCAAGGGUCUGCAGGACCAGAUGCAGCUGUAUGCCUUCGAGAGGGAGGCCCGGGAGCUGCAGGAGUGGCUGCGCGCGCAGAUAGCCCAGGCUGAGUCGCAGGACUACGGACAGGAUCUGGAGGACGUGGAGGUGCUCCAGAAGAAGUUUGAGGCCUUCUCGGAGGAGGUGGGCUCCCUGGGGCAGAACAAGCAGGCCAGCCUGCAGCAGCUAGGGCAGCAGGUCAGCUCCAGCCCAGCGCGGCUCAGGGAGGAGACUGUGCAGCAGCUCUACGAUCAGCUCAACCAGGCCCUGGACAAACGAGCUAAGAAUCUGCACGCAGCCCGUGAGGUCCACCAGUUUGACAGCGACGUGGACGAGCUGAAGAGCUGGAUGAGUGAGAAGGAGGCGGGCCUGGACUCUGAGGAGCAGAACCAGAACCACGACCUGCUCAGUGUCCAGGCACUGAUCCGCCAACACGAGGGCUUGGAGCGUGACCUGCUGGCGAUCGAGGAGGAGGUGCGCAAGCGGCAGGAGGAGGGGGCGGACAUGGGCCGGCGGCUGCCGCAUGUGGGGGAGAGCCUGGGUGAGCGUCUGCAGGAGGUGGGCCAGGCCUGGGAGACCCUGCAGGCCAAGGCGGCCCAGCGGCGCCACCGGCUCCGGGAGGCCGAGGACGUCCAGAGAUACCUGGCCGACUGGAGGCAACUGGCGACGUGGAUGAGAGAGACCCUGUCCCUGGUGAGAGGGGAGGGGGCGGGCAACGAGCGAGCGGGUGACCCCGAGCAGCUACUCAAGAGGCACGAGGAGUACCGCACGCAGAUUGACAGGCAGCUGGACCAAUCGCAGGCCGUGAAAAAUGCGGGCCGAAACCUCGCACAACAGGGGACGUUCAUGUGCCAUGAGGUGGAUGAGCGUGUGUGUGAGCUGGAGGAGCUGGAGGUGGCCCUGCAGCAGAGCUGGGAGGAGGAGCAGUGGCUGCUGGUCAGCGAGGCCCAGCGGCAGCAGCUGCAGAGGGAACUGGAGCAGGCCGAGAGGUGGCUCGCCGCGCAUGAGAACGGACUCAACGCCGACAGCUACGGGGAGUCAGUGUCUGAUGUGCUGGAGCUCCUGAAGAAGCAGGAGGAUCUGGAGGCCAUGAUUGAGGCCCAGAACGACAGAUUCAGUGCCUUACAUGCCAAGAAGAUGCAGAUUUCUAAAGAGAGGGAGUCCCCGAAGCGUCCGGCGAAGCGAGUUUCUUCCUUGUUGCGCAAGUCGGCCGACCCCCAAGAUCGAUCUCCAUCUCCAACUCCAACUCCAACUCUAGAGCCUCCAUCCCCCAUGAGCAGGAGCAGGAGCAGCAGCGGUAGCAGCAGCAAGGGGUGGCAUGAUGCCUCUUCCAGGCCGCCCUCCUCCGCAUCCAUCCUGUCCAAGACAACCCCGUCCAAGGCUCCCUUGCUACUCUCCUCCUCCAAGACCUUUCCUUCACCGCCGACGCCCCCGCCGCUACCACCCACCACCACCCCCCGCUCGUCUGUACCCUCUCUAGACUUACCUUCUCCUCCAGCGGAAGAUCCAGAAGACGAUCCCCCAAGCGCCCCCAAGUUCAAGCUGGCCGGCCUGAAGUCAGAUCCUAAGCGGCAGAGUUCAGAUUCUGCGGCUUCUGAUGAACCAGAUGCACCAAUGUCAAAGGUCUCGUCGAAGUCUGAGGACAAACCCGAACCGUGGAAGCGAAGCUCCACUCCAGAUCCGCAUGAUGCCUCCUCCCGACCCGAGUCACCUAUGCCUUUGAAGGAGGACUCGACCCAGCCCGCUUCUCUAAAACAGUUGUUCAGACCUUUGGCGGAGGAUGAAGACUGGAAACGUAACCGUCAGGACAGAGACUCUGCUGUGAGCAUGAAGGGCCCCCUGGAGAUCAGAGUGAAGUAUGGAGGCACCAAAGGCGUAGACAACUGGGAGUCUGUGUAUGCAGUGCUGGACGGGAGCACACUCAACAUGUACAAGGACAAGGACACUGCCGAAGAGGGCUCUCAAACCCGGUUUCCACCAAUCAGCUUGAGAGGGGCUAAGUGCAAAGACAACCCUUUCUACCGCAGGAAAGAGCACACCUUCAAAAUCAUACUGGAUGAUGGGAGCCACUACAUGUUCUCUGCUGUGAGUGAUGAGCAGCGUAAGGCCUGGGCCCACGAGGUGCAGCAGAGCAUCGCCACCCCCACCUCCUCACUGGAGCAUGGCAGAAAACUAUCACUGGAGGAGAAGCCAGGUGCGGGCGCGAGCUCAGCCACAGGUGAUUCAGAUGGCCAAGAGAAAGCUGAGAAUGGUGAGCUAGACAAACAACCCCCACCAAAGCCCCCCCACACCUACUACCGCACACACACCUAUCCUGAAUCAAGUGACCCUGAUGUAGGUGAUCCUGACUCGGAAAAUGCUGGAGACCACUCGCAGAGAACACUGCUAAGGAAUGCUGUGUCCUCCUUCUCCCCAUUCUCCUCCUCCCAAACAACAAGUGACUACCUAAGGGACAAAACCAGCAAGAACAAGAGCGUCUUCAAGAAACUCUUCAAGAAAUAAGUGGCCAGCAGGGGGAGAUAGGACUCCAUGCAAGAGCCGUCUCUGUCUCUCUGGCGCCUAGUUCAAAACUGCACACAUUUUCACAGCAAUGAUUCCCCUUUUGUUAAAACUUCCACGCGAAAUCUGUGAAAUUCAAUUUGAAACUGCACUUUUUUAUUAUUAUUUCAAAAACCCUGAUUUAAAAACCAAAAAUGGAUGAUUGGUUUGUUAAUCAAAAGAUGGUACAUAUGUUUACAUUUAAAAACAGUCUAUUUAUUUUAUUACAAAAAUUAUACAAUACAAAAUGAUAUAAACUGCACAAAAUGUAACACAUGUUCUUGUUAUUUGCUGUAGAGGUGUAAUUUAUAUUGGCAUGAUUUCUAAACUAUGAUAAUUCAGAUCUUAAUGAAAUUAAAAUACAUAUUUUAAACACUGA